AUCAAGCCACCUUCAUUCAUUGUCAAAUAGAACUACCAAUUUAUUGAAAUUAUAUUAUCAGGUAAUACAGCAAGCCAAGGCAUUUUUUCUUUAGAAAAAAAAAAUAAUGGCUGAUUUUUCUGUCCACUGGGUUUUUGCAUUUGGGGUGCUAGGAAACAUAAUCUCCUUUUUCGUUUUCCUUUCUCCACUGCCAACAUUUUAUAAGAUGUACAAAAAGAAAUCAACAGAAGGCUAUCAAUCAAUUCCAUAUAUUGUUGCUUUAUUCAGUGCAAUGCUUUGGAUUUACUAUGCAUUUCUCAAGACCAACACUACACUUCUCAUCACUAUUAACACUUUUGGAUGCUUUGUCGAAAUUAUGUAUAUUGGCUUUUACCUUUUCUAUGCAUCAAAGGAAGCCAGGGUCCAAACUGUAAAGUUACUUCUUUUAUUAGUGGUUGGUGGCUUUGGAGCUAUUGUCCUAGUGAGCCAAUUUUUAUUCGAAGGAGCAGUUCGUGUACAAGUGGUUGGGUGUAUUUGCCUUAUUUGUUCCUUGUGUGUUUUUGUAGCACCUUUAUGCAUAGUGAGACAAGUAAUCAAAACAAAAAGUGUGGAAUAUAUGCCAUUUCUCCUCUCUGUUUUCCUCACUUUAAGUGCUGUUAUGUGGUUCUUUUAUGGUAUUCUAUUAGAAGACUUCAACAUUGCGAUUCCAAAUGUAUUGGGGUUCAUAUUUGGUAUUCUUCAAAUGGUGCUCUAUGUGAUGUACUACAACAAGAAAGAGGAAGAGUUUGUAAAGGAGAAGAAUCUUCCAGACCUAAAAAACCAUGUGAUAAUCUUACACAAUGAUAAGAAGUUUCCAGAACUAAGUGAAGAGCAAAUUAUUGAAAUUGUGAAACUUGGUUCACUGAUUUCAUGUACACAAAAGUUUGAUUUGGACUUAUGUCUGCAUGAAAAUAUAGCUGAAGAUCAUAAAAAGCUGCGGAAAACACUCGAAAUAUGAGAGUAUACUAUAUAUAGUAAAUUGUUUGAUAAUUGGGCAUAUCAAUUGAACAUAUAAAUUUAAAUUAUAUACACUGACGUGUACAUGUACACAAACUACUGUAUUUAUGAUGAUGAUUCUUUAAGUACCAAAUGUAAUUAUUUUUCUCCGAUAAUUCAAGCUUUGUAGUUCGAUCA